CUGUGUGUCUUAUAUCAGUUAGUCGGAAAGACAUAUCUACACCAGUAUUAAUCAAAAAACGCUAACCUUGUUGCGGGUCGCGAAUAGCAAUAAACACUCAUAAGGUCUUCAACAAGUAGCGCAUAGCGCCAAAGUUUACUCCGCUGCCUGAUUCAGUGUUUGCUACAUAUUUGCAAUAAUUAGUUUUGCUACACCCACAGUAUGGCCGCCCAAACGGACAAACGCCAGCGUCGACGGUCGUUAGAGCUCCUUCCUGGUCAUAAUUAUGAUCCCGUCGAAUAUCUCAAGGUUGAAAUGAAUACGGCGGGUGUUUCGCGAAAAAAGUCAUUCAACCGGGUGGUCGACGCAAUGAAGAUCGGGUUGGACAAUUUAUACGAAAACCCAACAGUUGUAGAGGCCAUUGGCACUCACCUUCCGCAAGUUAUUCGGCAAUCUCCAAUUGACAUCCGCUUGAGCGAUACCGUUUUCGAUCAGCGACUCGAAUCCCGACCUUUAACGAUUGAGUACCCAUUGCGAGUGGAGAAAUUCUGCAUGUUCCGUAACACCGGCAGUACAUGGAAACUUAGAAUAGGAGACCCGCGUUUCCGGAUCAGCGGUGGACCAUUGCAAUCUGUGUACCAAUUGGACCAAGUGCACGCUCAUUGGGGCCCGAAUAAUAUUGUCGGAUCAGAACAUACGGUCAACGGAUACCAGUAUGCUGCCGAAUUGCAUUUCGUACACUGGAAUACGGGCAAAUGUCAAACCAUUGAUACUGCGGCGUCCCGACCAGAUGGUCUGGCGGUGAUUGGAGUGUUUUUGAAGGUUGGCAAGCCUCACCCCGAAAUACAGAAGCUGGCGGACGCUAUGCAAGACAUCCAUUAUUCAGGACAAGAGAUUUCUCUAGAUGACAAGAAUAUAAACGUUAAAAAGCUCAUGCCCGAAGAUACGUCGCAAUAUUGGACUUACGAUGGAUCGUUGACCACAACACCGUACGACGACUGUGUGAUCUGGAUAGUGUUGAAAAAUCAUAUCGAAGUGUCCAGUGAGCAGCUGGAAGCUAUGCGGACCUUGGUAGAAUUUCAAGAAGGCCAGAAUGCACCAGAUAAACAUGCGUCUUGUGGCCGGGUCGUCCACAAUUUCCGUCCAGUACAAAAUAGCAUUGUGAAAGUGCGGUCAUCCUACAAGCCAGCAUUGAACACAUAUUUUUAACUAUGACGCGCAAUGCCGAGCAAUUCUUGAUCAAAUUGAUCAGCAGAUGCAAUUUUAACCCUUAUGACUUCUAUAGCAUAUUGAAUUACUCUAUGGUAUGAAAUUGAUUGUUUGUUGUUUGCUUUGAGUUAUCUUUACACCUGACUAGUGUGAUAUGUGCAAAGAGGUAAUUAUUGUUCAGAAUUCUUUGAUUGUCAAAAUAAAACCAUGCGUCUAAAAAAAUAUG